AUGGUCCGUUUAGUUAAUUCAGUGCUGGUCGCUGCAGCAGCGCUAUUCUCCUCUACAACCACCGCGGCGGCGGCAUCUCCUUCGGCGGCCUUUGUCGCCGACGACCUCAGUAUUGCGUUUGCCCUCAAUAUACCUCAGGAUGACAAGAGCAAUGAGCUAUAUUUCAGCAUCUCCGGGCCGAGGAGCUGCUCAUGGCUUGCGGUUGGAAUGGGGAAUGGCAAGAUGGACGACUCCUUGAUAUUUAUGGUGUACUCGGAUUCAAGCGGGAAGAACGUAACCCUGAGUCCGCGACUUACGUCCGGCCAUGUUGAGCCCAGCCUUACAAAACUGGUCAACAUUACGCUACUCGCGGGAUCCGGCAUCGUAAACAACACGGUCACCGUGAACGCAAAGUGCUCGAACUGCCGAUCAUGGAAUGGAGGAAUAAUUGACCCGAAGAAUAAUGCUGCAAAGUUCAUAUGGGCGAACGGUCCUUCGGGCGACUUGAAGUCGAAUUCUCUGACUGCAAACACAAGGCGUCAUGCCUCCUACGGUACUUUCAGGAUGGACCUCACUAAGGCAGUUGGCCCUGCUGGUACGCCCCCGCCUGCGACAAAUAGCUCAAAGGAAUCUAAACAACUCUCCGAGAAGGUUGAUCAUCAUUUUGCCUCCCCUAUCCAUGCAUGCAUCAUGAUAUUAUCAUUUCUUGGUCUAAUGCCGAUGGGAGUGCUGGUCUUACGAAUCUUGAAAAGCCCCAAAUGGCACGGGGUAAACCAAGCUAUAUCGUUGGUUGUAGCAUUGACCGGAGUGUCGUUGGGCUUCUAUAUCGGAACGUUCUACAACAGAACGAAGAAGUUUGGCUCGGCCCAUCAAAUAUUCGGCAUCAUCAUCGCCGCGAUGAUGAUCGCUCAGUUUGUUCUUGGAUUUAUGCACCACCGGAUAUACAAGAAGACCCAAGCACCGACGAAGUUGUCUCCAAUCCAUGUGUGGCUUGGACGUCUUGUUAUUCCCGCGGGUAUCGCGAAUGGUUUCCUUGGCUUCCCACUCGCCCAAAACUCCAAAUACAAUUGGGCCUUAGUUGCACUCACACUCUUUAUCGUAAUCAUUCUCGCGCCCGUGGCGUUCUGGAGAUACCGCCGAAACAUACAGAAAGCUAAGACUGUUGAAGCCGUGGGGGGUUAUGACCCCCAGCCUUGGAGGACUGCUGCCCCAUAUCCGCAGAACGAUAUUAACUUGGGACAAAUGAACUAUCCGCCUCCACCUCCACCAGGAUAUAAUGGAUAUAAUAGGUAA